UUUACAUGAUCUGAUAAUUCUUGUUAUCGUUACCUUACUUAACAUAGUAAAUUUUACUCAGUUUGAACUGUAUAUAUAUAAAAAAAAAUUAGUAGAUAUUUAGAGUUUUAUCAUUAGAAAUAUGGUGGGACUUAAAGUUUUUGUUUUAUUUGGGCUAUUGGCAACAACCUAUGGAUUUAAUCAAAUAAAAUCUAGAAAUACCCGCAAUGGCUUAGAUUUGGAUGGUGGUACAGAGGCUACAGAUGGACAAUUCCCUUGGGUAGUUUCACUUCAAUCAAAUUUUUUGUUUGUUAAUACACAUGUUUGUGGAGGUGUCAUCUUAAAUGAAAAUUGGGUUCUUACAUCUGCCGAAUGUGAAGGUGCUGCUAACAAAGUAGUGGCCGGUGCUGUUAAACUGCAAGGAGCCGAUCCUAAUAAACAGACUGUUGAUAUUGAAAGAUGGGUGGUUCAUCCAGACUAUAACUCACAAGUAGUUGGGCCAAACGAUAUCGCUUUAGUUAAACUAAAGCAACCAUUGAAAUUUAACGAUGCCAUUAAAGCCGCUAAUUUGCCCGAGCAAGGAGCUGCAGUUACUGGAUUAGCUGAUGUUGUUGGAUACGGCAACAGCUUCUUGCCUGAUUUCAACACUUUGAGCUACAUAUCAGACUUGCCCCUUAUAAGCUACGACGAUUGCAAUCAAGCUCUUGAAGAUUUAAUACAAGAAAAGAGUCCUUUGGACGAAAAGAGCAACAUUUGCGCAGGUGUAUUGGCAAAUGGAGCUAAUAACUGCAAUGGAGAUACCGGUAGCCCUCUUACCCAAGAUAAUUUUGUCAUUGGUAUCACUACUUGGAUAAUCACUCCUUGUCAUAGCAGGGGAGCCCCUGAUGUAUUCACCAAUGUGGCCAACUUUGUUGACUGGAUCAAUGAAAACAUUUCACAAUAGAAUGGAAUAAUUUUUUAAUGACCAAAAUAUAUAUUAAAUUUAUUA